CUUUGGCGUGGGAAAAUGAGACCGGCAGUCGCGAUUGUGACACCGGAGUAGAAAUACACUUCUAGAGGGUAAGGAUGCUAGAACUUUGGCGCCCCGGUCGACCCCUUGACUAUGGCGCUACCCCAACUUACCCCUGGUAGUGACGGUCAGUACCGGCCUGAAUGAUGGACAGUAGGAGGGCCGCACGGCACCCCGAAGAGGAGGAAUUUUAAAGGGUCCACGCCAGGCCGCCUCCAGUCACGGGGGUGAGCUACAGCAGACGUCCGAUAGCUGCUCCCUCUUUCUGCGCCAUAACUAUCGCGGCGACAGCGAUCAGGCGAGCAACCCAGAACACCAUCAUCCGGUUCCAGACGACAGAGGAGAGCAGACUGGAGUGUGUCCUGCCGUGCCGCCACAAGCGGAGGAGAACCGGGCACGCACACCCACACUGCCAGUCGACGAGAGCACCAGCGAGCUCGAACCGGCAGAUGCCGAACCACGCCUUCAGCAGUCUCAGAGCCCAAGCGGCGGCGCCUCCGGCCAUGGGGUUGAUGCGCAACAGAGGUCCGGCAGCUGUGGCCUGUCUCAACAUCGCGAUCACCGUGACGACAACGAUCAAGCGGGCGGCCCAGAACAACGUCCUCUCGCUCCAGACGACGGAGGAGAGAAGAACGAUGAAGAGGGCCCGGGCCCUCCCGCGCAGCCGUAUGCACGAGAGAGUGUGGCGGGUCUACCCACGCUGCCGGACGAUGGAGGAAAUGACGACCAUGAGCCGGCCGGUGCCAGCCCACCCAUGCAGCCACCCGCCGGCCGAGACCAGGCCAAUUUGCAGCACACUGCCGGCCGCUGUGACGCAACGACUGGCGGAAUGGCCUCGCAGCGCGACCUCAGCCGUCGUCGACAUCGCAAUACCGAUGAUGAGGAGGACUACUGUCCUAGUGUGUACAGCGACACUGAACACAGCGAGGAUGAUGUUGUCCGGCCGCCGCGGCGCAAGCGCCGUAGGGUGAGCACCGUGACCACCGCAACGGGCGGAAUAGCUCAGCAGCGGACCGUCUGUCCU